UGUCAUGAAAAGUGCAUGGUCAUUGACAUUUCAAAGUACUGAUUGGCCACUCUAGUUCAUCGAAGAAAACUUUUUCAUUGCUCUUGAAAUUUUUUCAUUUUUCUGGAAAUUAUGGACCCAAAUAAGAAUAAGAAACCGAAGCACAAGCUUGUCGAAAACAAGCUGGAGGUUAUGAAUGAUGUGGAGUUUAUUCGCAAUAUUCUCAAGGACAUGAACGUGGAUUCCAGUCCCCGAGCACGUGGAGUUCUUCUUGACCUGGCUUACACUUUAGCCAGGGAUCACCUGGUUGAGGCCGACCGUUAUGCCAAGAUGGAUGGUCGCACAACCAUAAGUGUUGAGGACAUCAAAAUGUCAAAGCAAGUGGAAGUGCCUAAGGUGUACAAACCUCCGCCACCGGACAAUGGGCCGAGUUGCUCCAACAAAAGUGUUAAGGACAUUAAAAUGGGAAAGCCAGAUCUUGUGAAGAAGAUGGCCAAUACUCCGCCACUGGACGAUGGGCCGAGUUGCUCCAACAAAAGUGCUAAGGACAUCAAAAUGGGAAAGCAUGUGCCUGUGAAGAAGAUGGCCAUUACUCCGCCACCGGACGAUGGACCAAGUUGCUCCAACAAAAGUGCUAAGGACAUCAAAAUGGGAAAGCAUGUGCCUGUGAAGAAGAUGGCCAUUACUCCGCCACCGGACGAUGGACCGAGUUGCUCCAAAAUAAGUGUUAAGGACAUCGAUAUGGAAAAGCAAGUGCCUUUGAAGAAGAUGGCCAAACUUUCGCCACCGGACGAAGAUCCCAAGCCGAACGAUGAGCUCCCGAGCACUAGCCAGCGUAAAGGAGACCACACCGACUCCUAACUAUUUGACAUUUUCAAUCAUCGAGGGCCCAUGGAGCUACGAAUACCACAAUCGAAUAUGACGGCGCCUUAUCCUGUCGUCAAUAUUUAAAACCUAUUAUCAAUUUAUCAAUCAAUCAAGAUCGACGACGUGUG